AUGGAUCUUGACAGUUUAGCAAAUGAGCUAAAUGGACUCUUAGUCGCAAGCGAUCGUCUGCGCAGUCUCCGAGCGUGUUACAACGAUGUAUGCGCUGAGGAGUUCAUGCUUAAUGAAGUUAGAGAGCACUUAGCAAAUUGUCGAAAAACUGAGGAAGAUUUGGAAAAUGAACGGAAGAGCCAUGCCGAAGAGCUUAGACAGAUUAAUCAGGAUAUUAAUCAACUGGAGGAUAUCCUUAAGGCAUUGCGAUCUGAGCGAGAAACCAAAAAAGUGCGAUUAACUCAACAAAUGGAAGAAUUAAAAAUAGCCAUGGAACAUGCCAACGAGAGCAUUCGAGCUGCUGAUAUUAUUAACGUAACCUUUGAAGAAGGCGAUAGCAUACCGAGAGAGUUCCUUGAAGGAUUUCUCAACGCUUCUUCUGUAAAACCAUCUAUAACGUCACUGUCAUUUCUCGGCAGUCAAUUCCGAUUUUUACCUGCAUUAACAAUGGCAACGGCACCAAAACCGCCUUCACAAGAUAUGAGUAAGAUGAAGACUUGUGAAGCUUGUGGUGCGCAAAUACAUAGAAAUGCCCCUACUUGUCCUAUGUGCAAAACUCGCAGUCGAAGUAAAAAUCCAAAGCGGGCAAGAAAAAGAGAUGACUGA